UUUUAUUUCCGUUUCAGUAUCUCGCCUUAAUUUAAAUUUUAAUAAGCCUAAAUUGACGUUUUUUUUUUUUUUAUAUAAAGCAACUGUUUUAAAGAACGACAUAAAGCACUGAGAUGGCGACUCAAACUGAAGGACCAUUGAAGGCUCUGUUCGAGAACAAGACCAAAAAGAAUGACAAGCGCCUGUCGGUGGAGAGGAUCUACCAGAAGAAGACCCAGCUGGAGCACAUUCUGCUCCGGCCUGACACCUACAUCGGCUCUGUGGAGCCUGUCACUCAGCAAAUGUGGGUGUUUGAUGAGGAGAUCGGGAUGAACUGCAGGGACGUGACCUUUGUUCCCGGUCUCUACAAGAUCUUUGAUGAAAUCCUGGUGAACGCUGCCGACAACAAGCAGAGGGAUCACAGCAUGUCCUGCAUCAAGGUCAACAUCGACCCGGAGAACAACAACAUCAGCGUGUGGAACAACGGGAAGGGGAUCCCCGUGGUGGAGCACAAGGUGGAGAAAGUGUACGUGCCUGCCCUCAUCUUCGGCCAGCUGCUCACCUCCAGCAACUACGACGACAACCAGAAGAAGGUCACCGGUGGACGCAAUGGGUACGGAGCAAAGCUCUGCAAUAUCUUCAGCACCAAGUUCACUGUGGAGACGGCCUGUCGGGAGUCCAAGAAGGUCUUCAAGCAGACCUGGUAUGACAACAUGGGGCGGGCAGGCGAGGCCAAGAUCAAGCCCUUCGACGGCGAGGAGUACACCUGCAUCAGCUUCCAGCCCGACCUGUCCAAGUUCAAGAUGCAGAUCCUGGACAAGGACACGGUGGCCCUGAUGACUCGCCGGGCCUAUGACGUCGCCGGCUCCACCAAGGGGGUCCGCGUCUUCCUCAACGGCAAGAGGCUGCCUGUGACCGGCUUUCGCAGUUACGUGGACCUUUACCUGAAGGAUAAGGUGGACGAGGUGGGCACCCCUCUGACUGUGGUCCACGAGGUCGUGAACGAGCGCUGGGAGGUGUGUCUGACCAUGAGCGAGAAGGGCUUCCAGCAAGUCAGCUUCGUCAACAGCAUCGCCACCACCAAGGGUGGGCGGCAUACGGAUUAUGUGGCGGACCAGGUGGUAUCAAAGCUCAUUGAAGUGGUGAAGAAGAAGAACAAGGCCGGGGUGACAGUGAAGCCCUUCCAGGUAAAGAACCACUUGUGGCUGUUCAUCAACUGCCUGAUCGAGAACCCCACGUUCGACUCCCAGACCAAGGAGAACAUGACCCUGCAGCAGAAGAGCUUUGGAUCCGCCUGCACGCUGAGUGAGAAGUUCAUCAAGAGUGCCACCAACUGCGGGAUCGUGGAGAGCAUCAUGAACUGGGUGAAGUUCAAGGCCCAGACCCAGCUCAACAAGAAGUGCUCCGCGGUCAAGCACACCAAGAUCAAGGGUGUUCCCAAACUGGACGAUGCCAACGAUGCAGGGGGUAAAAACUCGAGCGCCUGCACCCUGAUCCUUACGGAAGGAGACUCAGCCAAGACUCUGGCCGUGUCUGGGCUGGGAGUGGUGGGGCGUGACCGCUACGGAGUCUUCCCCCUGCGUGGUAAAAUGCUCAACGUGCGGGAGGCUUCCCACAAGCAGAUCAUGGAGAACGCGGAGAUCAACAACAUCAUCAAGAUCCUGGGCCUGCAGUACAAGAAGAACUACAGCGACCCUGAGUCCCUCAAGACCCUGCGCUACGGCAAGCUCAUGAUCAUGACAGAUCAGGACCAGGAUGGCUCCCACAUCAAGGGGCUUCUCAUCAACUUCAUCCACCACAACUGGCCCUCGCUUCUGCGCCACAGUUUCCUGGAGGAGUUCAUCACUCCCAUCAUCAAGGUGUCCAACAAGAAGCAGGAGCUAGCCUUCUACAGUAUCCCCGAGUUCAACGAGUGGAAAGAGAACCAGCCCAACUACAGAUCCUGGAAAAUAAAGUACUACAAAGGUCUGGGUACCAGCACCUCGAAGGAGGCGAAGGAGUAUUUCUCUGACAUGGAGCGCCAUCGCAUCCCCUUCAAGUAUGCCGGUCCUGAGGAUGACGAGGCAAUCACCCUGGCCUUUAGUAAGAAGAAGAUCGAGGAGCGGAAGGAGUGGCUGACCAGCUUCAUGAUCAACCGACGGCAGCGCAGAGAGCACAACCUGCCUGAGGACUACCUGUAUGGCCAGUCCACCAAGUUCCUCUCCUACAACGACUUUGUCAACAAAGAGCUGGUGCUGUACUCCAACUCGGACAACGAGAGAUCCAUUCCCUGCCUGGUGGAUGGUCUGAAGCCAGGCCAGAGGAAGGUCCUGUUCUGCUGCUUCAAGAGGAACGACAAGAGGGAGGUGAAAGUGGCCCAGCUGGCUGGCUCAGUGGCCGAGAUGUCCGCCUACCACCAUGGGGAGAUGUCUCUGAUGAUGACCAUCAUCGGCCUGGCGCAGAACUUCGUGGGCAGCAACAACCUGAACCUGCUGCAGCCGCUGGGUCAGUUUGGCACCCGGCUGCACGGCGGCAAGGACUCGGCCAGCCCUCGAUACAUCUUCACCAUGCUCAGCCCACUGGCCCGCCUGCUCUUCCCCGGCAUGGACGACAACCUGCUCAAGUACAACUUCGACGACAACCUGCGGGUGGAGCCCGAGUGGUACAUACCCAUCCUGCCCAUGGUGCUGGUGAACGGCGCCGACGGCAUCGGCACGGGCUGGGCCAGCCGCCUCCCCAACUACGACGUGCGUGAGAUCGUGAACAACCUCCACCGCAUGCUGGACGGAGAGGAGCCCUUGCCCAUGCUUCCAAACUACAAGAACUUCAAGGGCACCAUUGAGCAAGUGUUGAACAACCAGUACAUGAACAGCGGAGAGGUGUCCAUCAUCGACUCCACCACCAUUGAGAUCUCUGAGCUGCCAGUAAAAACUUGGACACAGACCUACAAAGAGAACGUGCUGGAGGUGAUGCUCAACGGCACGGAGAAGGUCCCGCCCCUCAUCACCGACUACAAGGAGUACCACACGGACACCACGGUCCGCUUCGUGGUCAAGAUGACCGAGGAGAGGCUGCGGGAGGCGGAGGCCGCCGGCCUGCACAAGGUCUUCAAGCUGCAGAACACGCUCACCUGCAACUCCAUGGUGCUGUUUGACCACGUGGGCAGCCUGAAGAAGUACGAGACAGUGCAGGACAUCCUGAAGGACUUCUUCGACCUGCGGCUCAAUUACUACGGCCUGCGCAAGGACUGGUUGGUCGGCAUGCUGGGGGCGGAGAGCGCCAAGCUGAGCAACCAGGCCCGCUUCAUCCUGGAGAAGAUCCAGGGCACCCUGGUCAUCGAAAACAAGCCCAAGAAGGAGCUGAUCCGCAUGCUGCAGGAGAUGGGCUACGACUCGGAUCCCGUUAAAGCCUGGAAGCAGGCGCAGGAGAAGGCAUCGCAGAUGGAGGAUUCUACUGAAGCAGGGGAGGAGGAGAACGAGGAAGAUAACUCCGGCCCAGACUACAACUACCUACUGAGCAUGCCCAUGUGGUUCCUGACCAAGGAGAAGAAAGAGGAGCUGUGCAAGCAGAGAGAUGCAAAGAUCACUGAGCUAAACACCUUGAAGAGGAAGAGCCCCACUGAUCUGUGGAAGGAGGAUCUGGCUGCCUUCACAGAGGAGCUGGAGCGGGUGGAGGAGAAGGAGCGGGAGAAUGCCACCAUAGAGGUGAAGCAAGUGAAGGGCAAGACGGGCCGGGUGAAAACGGUGAAGGUGAAGGAGGAGACCCUGCCCACCCCGCAGGGCCGCCGCGUCAUCCCGCGCGUCACCAGCGCCAUGAAGGCCGACGCCAACAAGAAGGCGGACAGCAAGAAAGGCAAGAAGGUCAAGACUGAAGAUGGAGUGGUGAUGAAAAUGUCCUUUGAGGAUGGACAGGACAAUGAAGACUCCCAGGAGAUGGGCUUGGCAGCCAGACUGGCAAAAUCCAAAAAGGCCCCUGCCAAGGAGAGAGCAUCGAAGAGUGGGAAACAGACCACCCUGCAGUUCAAGCCGAUGAAGAAGAACCCGUGGUCUGACGACGAAGACUCUGAUAACGAUGCUGUAGCGGAGGUGGCUCCUAGAGAGAGGAUGGAACGCAAGACAAAAGGUGCGAAAAUGAAGUACAGCAUGUCUAGCAGCGAGGAUGAGUUCGAAGACGCGAUUGGCGGGAGGAAGGCUGCUGUCAGCGACGACGAUGAGUUCGUCCCCAAGGCCACCGACAGCGAGGGAGACGAGACGCCGUUUAAAGCACCGGAGCCCAAGAAAAAGGCAGUGAAACCAAAGAAGACUGAAAAGGAAGCGAUAAAAAGCAAUACAGACUCUCAGUCCAGUACGGAGGAGAUGACCGUCACUAUGACAUCUGAUCACCCAGCCAAGCCCAAAUCCAAAGAGCCCGUCGUCAAGAAACCUGCAGCUGCUGGCAAGAAGAAGAAACUCAUGGACGUCAAGCAGCCGUCCAUCAUGGACGCGCUGUCCAAGCCCAAGCCUGCGCCUAAAGAGGCCUCUGAAGACGCCCCGAAAGAGGUCUCUAAGGCCGCCCCUAAAGGCGCCUCCAAGGCUGCUUCCAAAGCUUCUUCUAAAGCCUCCACCAAAGAGGCCUCCAAAGCAGCCUCCAAGAAGGUGCUGGUGUUCAGCAGUGACUCUGAGGACCAGGCCGCCCCACCCGCGAAGGAGAAGCCCGCCCCCAAGGCUCAGGCCAGCCGAAAGAGGAAGCCAGCCAAGGAGAGCGACUCGGACAGCAGCUCCGAGGACCUCAUGUCUCGCAUUAAGGGGAAGAAGACCUUGGGAAAGAAAAUGAAGAAGUGGGACGAGGACGAGAGCUUCCAGCUGUCGGACGAGGAGGGCCCCGCUGUCACGGCGGUGGUGCCCCGGGCCAAGACGGGACGCAGCAAGCAGGCGGUCCGCUAUGUGCUGGACUCCGACUCUGAUGACGACUUCGGUUUCUAAGGGGCCUGCAUACACGCAUCUUAGCGUGGCUGCCAGCACCUCGGUCUUCCCAGUACAAUUUCUGCUUUGGCAAGAUACGGGUUUGAGAAUCCACUAAUCGCGUCUUGCACGUUUCAGGCCAAACAUUGAUCAGAAGACUGUUUUUUUGACGUUACAGCUGUACGGUAUAUGGCCAUCGAUCUUCCUCUGGCAGGAGGCAUUAUUGUGGUUAUUGUUCUCGAAAGUGACCGUGCCACAGUGCCGGCGGUGGUGGUUUUAUUGCACUCAUCAAUUUUGUCUGUUUCAUGCAAUCUUACGAGGCUCGCAA